AUGCGGACAGUGAUGUACGUUGAAGGCAUGGAAUCACUGUCUUCAGUUUCAGCCGCUGCGCUGCUGCUGGUGGCGGCUGCGACCGGCGCCGACGCGGAAGCCGCCAAGCGAGUGGUGCGGACUCGCCAUGGAGCCGUGCGUGGCACCGCCAAGCAGUCCUACCAGGGUCGCCACUUCCUGGCCUUCUACAACAUACCCUUUGCCAAGCCGCCGGUUGGACCGCUACGGUUCAGGUUCGUGUCUACUGAGUGGACGAACUGUGCUUGCAAGCUGUCUUGUGCAGGCAUCUUUCCAGAUGCAAACUGUUCUCCCUCGUUUGCAGUCCUGUUCCACAGAGACAUUUCCCAGAGUGGCGUGUCAACAGCGCCCUGGGCGGUACCGGAGCCUGGAGCGCUGGACAAGGCGCGCAAGGUGGCGGCCAUGGUCGGCUGUCCCACGGAGCCGAACGAUGCGCUGGUCGACUGCCUCAGGACCGUCGACGACUACACCCUCACCGCCACCGAGAUGAGCUUCUUAGAGUGGUUCAUCUGUCCUCUAAUACCAUUCCGAGCAGCAAUAGAAGGCGAGGGGGAAGAUUCAUUUCUGCCUAAACAUCCGGGAGACAUGGAGCCCCAUACAGCCGUACCGUGGAUAACUGGAGUCACAAUAGAAGAAGGAUACUUCCAUUCAGCACCAAUUAUUGCGAACAAGACGAUGCUAAGCGAACUGAAAGAGAACAGCAAAAGGUUGUUGCCAAUUUCUGUGCCAUACCACCUGUUGCCGCAAGCUGACCUCAUAAAUGAGAAGAUACAUGACUUUUAUUUUUCCAGAGGAUUUUCUAACGACAAAAUCACUGAAUUCUUUUCGGAUUCCGUUUUAAUCUGGCCCGCAGUCGACGCUGUCGGAAGAUACAAAGACAGAGCGCCAGUGUAUUUCUAUUUGUUUUCGUAUAAGGGGAAGUACAGUUUCACAGAUUUAGCUGGAAGCGAAGAAAUCUCAGGUGUUGCUCAUGGAGAUGAUUUGCUGUACUUCUUUUCGAACAACUCUUACUAUACAAUACCUGGCGAGAGGCCAGCGAAGGAUAUGGAAGUAGUAAAGGCCAUGACCAAACUCUGGACGAAUUUUGGAAAAACUGGAAACCCAACACCGAACGACAAGUUGAUACACUGGCCGAGAGUUACUUCAGACACUGAACCGGAGUACCUGGAAAUAGGCGAGAAGCUGGAAGCGAAGAAGGGUCUACUCGAAGAGAUCGCUUCCACUCAGUAG